GGUUAACGUCAACACAUCUCAUCGGACAAAAAGCUAUCUCCGUCCGUUGCCGUUGCCGCAAUGAGUUUGGUGACGACACGUGGCGGAUUCAUACUUCUUCUGCUCUUUGCCACGUUGGCAUCGCCCAAAAAGGCGGUUGUUGUUGAUGAGGAUACGAUCAUCUUCGACGAUUAUACACCAGGAAUGGGUAACUCAGCAUCGGCUAAACAGGUGGCGGACCAAGUGGCUUAUGGAGUGAUUUCAUGUAUCACCGUGGGCGUAUUGAUUGUCAUGCUCUACAUGUCAGUAUUUGGCCAAAGAGUUCGUGCAACCGCUGUGCGAUGGCACGUGCUUAACUGUAGUCUGUGGGGUAUAUUACAUUUGAUAUCAUACGCAUCAUUUGCUGAAAAAGCUCCUUGGCCCAACUACAUUACGAAUCAAAACUGGAGAGACACAGCGAGACAAGUCGAGUGCUUCACUCGUUCCGUUUUUCCAGCUGGAAUGGUAUUUGUGUAUCUCGAGCAGAUAAUUCUCACAAUUGCUCCAAAAUUGGCUAAUUCCAUAGUUUUCAAUGCGAUCUUUUUCAUACUUCUCAUUCCUUUCCUCAAUGGUCUCAUGAUUUUCUUGUAUUAUGCUCACUUCAUGGAUAUUGUCUGGUGGUAUGAGCCAAUUGAUCUAUUCAAUUUGGCAACAUAUCUCAUCUUUACCACUUUCACCUUCAUCUACUUCCUCUUCUGUCUUUUUGGAACCUGCCUCUGCUGUGCAACUAUGACAUCAAAGAAGCCAUCCUCGCGUACCACUGGAACUUUUGCUGAUAUGUGGCUUCUCUUCCCAUACGGAUUGAUUCCAUCUAUCAUGUAUGGUCCAUCAUUCGGAAUGACUUCUGUCAGUUUUGCCAUGCAACAUCUUCUUACCUGGGUUCUUGAAAGUGGUCUUCUAACUGGCGGAGGUGGAUCAUCGUCCGGUGGUAGUUUCAUUGACAUGAAUCUUUUGAUGCAAGUUGCCACAAAUGCCAUCCUCGCAAUGCCUUGGUUCGUUCUUCUCUUCCCAUUGGUUCAAUCCAUUCUGGCACUGGUUUGCCUGAGAAUGUUCCGUGAACAGUUCUUCUUCAUGAUUUCCUGUGGACGAAUCUUUGAGGGAAAACGUGCAAAAAUUGGAAUGACUGAAUGGAAUGUGACAUCAAUUGGACCUCCACCACUCUAUCCAAACUCUCCAUCUGAAAAGCAAGAAGCUUGAGAAUGAGAAUGUGAUUUCAGUGAAGUGAUAAUUCGUAUUUCUUUGAUAUUUACCAUAAAUCCUCUCCCGUCAGUCCCUACUGUCUUGUCUGUCGUUACCCAUUCCUCCGCCACCCCCGCAUUCUGUGAUCUCACCAAUCGUGUCUGAUUGAUCAUUUCUAAUAAAUGCAUUGUGUUAAGA